AUGAAGCCAAGCCAAUCAAGCUUAUUCUCUAAUAACUCUCCUUGGAAGGAUGGGAUCGAGCCUGUAUUUUAAACAGGCUAAUUUGCAAUAGCUUAACAACAGCAAUAUGCAGUUAUGUAAAAUAUGAAUAGAUAUUAUCCAUAAAUGCCAAUACAGUAUUAAAUGAAUCCUCAGCUCAUAAAAUAAAGAAAUUCCUUUUAAUCUUAGCCAUCUCCCUUGAAUAGACAGCUCAAUAAUAGCCAAUAACAAAUAAAUAAAGGAAAUAAUGCUUAAAAGACUAGCAUUUACAAGGAGUAAUUUCAACAAAUAUUCAAUCAAGAAUAAGAAAAUGUAAAGUCGCCUUAUAUGAAUACUUCUCGCAGCAAUUUUUCAAAUAAUAAUAACAACAAUACAAAUAAUGAGACAGGCAGAAGUAGAAGAGAUCCAAAUUAGCAGUUUCAAGCAGAAGCAGCUAAAGUUGUAAUUAGCAUUUAGAAUAAUUUAUUAGGGAUAAUAGAAGGAAUUCAAAAGAACAUAGUUAAGAGCGUAAACUCUAACGUUAACCAUUAAUUAAAAAAGCAGAGAUAUUUAAUUAAAAAGAAACAUGAAUAAAUUUUAUAGCAAAUGAAUGACUAAGAAAUAGUGAGAGGAGCAAAGUUUCCUCAUGUUUAAUCUCCUUCAGAAAAGAAGCAAUAAAAAUCUUAUUAGAAAGCUGAAAGAUCUUAUUCAGCUGCUGGCGAUUCUGAGCCUUUUAGAGUAUCUAAUAAAUAAGAUGAUUUUCAAAAGCCUAUAACAGCAGAAAUUCAGUUAAAAGAAAAAUCUUAAAGUUAAUAAAGUAAAAGUAACAACACUUAGAUAAACAUAAACUAAAUAUAAAAAGUAAAAGAAUACAGUGGCGAUGAAUUAUCAAAUAAAAGGGACUAGCCAUAUUCCAAUAGGAACUAAAGUAAGCCAGAUUCAAGCAGAUCAAAUACAAAUCAAGCUAAUAAUGCUAAUACAAUUAAUAAUAAAUAGAGCAACAGUCAAAAUAAUGUUAGCUAUGAGAAUAUGAAUAAAACUAUUAAAGAUGAAGAAGUUUUUAUUAUCGAAGAAAGAAAAAGUGUAGAUUACGGGACAUCAAACCAAACCUUGAAGAAAAAUAAAUCUAAAGAAACUCUAGGCAAUUAGAAUUAAAAUAAUAAUAGUAAUAAUCUUAGUAAUAAUAACAGCAAUAACAUUAAUAAUGUAAGUAAAAAUGAUAUUAAUAAGCAAACAGUUAAUAGAAAAUAUGAUUAGCUUUUUGAGGAUACUUCUAACGCAGAUGGUCUUCAACAAAGUGCUAUGAAAAACGAGUUUCUUGAUGAUGGUAACUCGUUGGCUUACACUUUAGAUGAUGAAAUUUCAAAGGCAUCUGUAUUUUUUGGAAACAACAGAGACAGCAUAGCCUUUGAUUAAUCCAAAGUUAAAAUUGGGAAUGCAAGCAGAAAUCCCAGCAUUAUUUAGCAACAACAAUAAAACCAAGCUAAAAAUAUAUUUGAAGAUGAUGAAGAAGUAGAUCUAGAUGAUUUAGAUGAUAUCAAUUAAAGCAAGCAAGGUAACUAAAGGAAUUCGCAAGGCUUCCAUAAUAUUAACACUCAGCCCGCUUCAAGAUAAAGCUAAUAAUAAAAACUAAAGAAUUAAAAUUCCCAUGAAAAAAGUCCGCUAAGUGAUUAAUAUGGUGAUGAGCUUUUUGAAGAUUUGUUGGAUGAAGAUGAAAUUGAUGGCAACUUUUCAAACGUUAAAAAGUAGUAAACUUACCUCAAAAACGAAAGCAACUUAAAUUAAAAUAAUAAAAUUAAUGUAUAACAAAAUUAUCAAAACAAAUAAGCUAAAUAGCCAGAUAACAAAGGCGACGAAGACGAUGCCUAUAAAUAUGAUAGUGAUGAAUUUGAUUUAGAUGAUUUCUGA